AAACUCAGGGUGUCACAAGGGCACUUCCAAGAAAUCAAGAUAAUGAGGUCAUAUCGCGUACGCGCCCCUCACAUGACUCAAACGCGAUGCUGAUUGGCUAGUAUUGGGGUUUCGAUCAAGUGGACCUUGAUCGAUGCGUCAUUUGGGCUGGGCAGGACGACAUGAUCCAGUCAUGAUAAUCGCGCAGUUUUAAAAUCGAAGGAUGCGUGUUGUUGUUUCCCGCUUUUUUGGCUUGCAAUCGCCAAGGUCACAUUACCCACCGCAAGAUAUCUAAGGCAAAGUCCAUCACGUAAACAACAUGGCGAUCCAUUUAGAACGCCCUACCUUCAUCGGCCGAGAAAAAGAAACAAAGCUUAUUACAGAUUCUUGGACACAGCAUCGGAUAUUUGGUAUCUAUGGUCCUCCCGGCAUUGGAAAGACAAGCUUAACGCGGGAGAUUUUGAGACAGGUGUCUGCAAAGAGGUACAAUGGUAGCCUAUGCACCUCAUUCGUGUCGAUGCAAAGUGUAAACAGUGCAAAAGACUUCUUUAAAUAUGUUGCUCUUGAAUUAUUAGAAAAAACAGAUCCUUUGCUUACCAUCGAAUCAACAACUGAGCGUCUUCUGCAGCGACAAAUCUUCGCACAUUUGAAAAAUAUUACGACAUGUGUGCUGAUUUUUGAAAAAUGCGAACACAUCGCCGAGUCUGCGGCAACUACGAGAAGUGUCAGCCAUGACCUGCAGAAUGUGCUGCUCACGUUUGUGUAUGACGUCACAACCAAGUGUCCUGAUGUGAGGGUCUUCAUCGUUUCUCGCACCAAGUUACAAUUUGCAAGACUGAAUAGAAUAUAUUUUGAGCUGAGUUUAAUGCCACUUUGUAUUUCAGACGCAAAAGCGUUAUUACUUGACAUAGUUUCCCACUCCGAUGCAGAAAAUGAGGGUUCAUUUAAAGACAAAAAUACUUUGACUAAACUUGCAGAACAAUGUGCAAGAUUGCCUCUUGCUUUAAUCAUUGUAGGGAGCGUACUACGCGAUGGUAUUCUGAGCCCAAGUGAAAUGUUGGACCUCAUGAAGGAAGAGCGGCUGAAAGCUCUCAGUGACGAUAGUUUCUCUGACUCUGAGAUAAUAGAUAAAGUGAUAAGAAAUCACCUUGCCCGACUGACGGAAGUUUUCAGACAGCACUUAGCGGCCAUAGGUUACAUCCCUGGUCAUUUCAGCAAAGAGGCCGUUGCUGCAGUUUUGGGCAUCAAGCAAGAAACUGGUGGCGGUAAAGUCGUGAAGGAACUAUCAAGAGUGUCCAUUAUACAUGAAGAAUCAGCAGGAUUGUCCUUAGUACAGAGGCAAAAGAUGAGAUAUGACAUCCACUCGUUAAUGAGAGAAUAUGUGGAAAAGCAUGUGCGGAUAAGGGAAUUACCAGAGGUUAGGCUCCGUUAUAGUAAGUUUUUCGCAGAUAUUCUUCAGUGUGUUAAUAACCAAAUGCAGUCCAAGAACUCAAACACUGCCACUGCCACCAUGGACGUGGAAUGGAAGAACUUGGAGAAGCUGCUCACUCAGGCGAUGCAUUGUACUGAAGACAGCUACAAAAGUUUUAUCAAAGUGGCUAUGUUGGCAGAAUACCCUAUCAUCAACUUUUUCCAAAAGGAUAGCAUUGGCUUCUAUGAAGACAUGAUGGAGCAGUCUAGAAUGUUUGAUGGUGCCGACCACAGACAUCAUGGACUUAUGCUAUCUGCAUAUGCACAAGCGGUGACCAAUAUUGAGGGUGAUAUACGAAAAGGCAUAGCUUAUUAUGAGAAGGCGAGGUUCAUUCUUUCCGCCAAGGGUACUCCUGUAGACAUGGCCUCUCUGUAUCAGCAUCUUGGUUGGAAUUACUACAAGACUGGCGACCUGAAUAAGUCACAACAGUAUCUUCAGGAGGCAUACAAACUGGAAGAGGAGGGGGGUAUGCACACAAACGUUGUUAUGUGCCAAACACUCUCGAUCUUGGGGCUUGUCUCAACAGGGAUGGGAAAGCUAGAGGAGGCCAUACGUUAUUUUAUGCACUCUUUAAAGUUACGGGUGUCCAACUUUGGAGAACAUCCUUCCAUCGGGAGUAUCUACAACAAUAUGGGAUUGACAUAUCUUGAGCAGGGAGAUGAUGACCGAGCACUGAAGAAUUUUGAACUUGGUCUGAAAUACAAACGAAAAUUUAUGAAGCAACCCAAUUUAGCCGUGGUUGACUCUCUAAGUAAUACAGCGAUGCUUUACGUCAAAAAAGGAGAUACUGAGAGAGCUUUGCCUAUGCUGCAGGAGGCGUUAGCUAUGUGUCAGAAAAUUGGGAAGACGACAGAUAUAGCUCUCAUUUAUGAUAAUUUUGGACAUGUUUGUAUGAUGAACAAGGAGUUUCUUAAAGCUGAGGGUUACUUUCAGAAAGCUGUUGAUACCCGGAGAGAACAUACACCUAAUCAUUUCACAUUGGUUGAACACCUGCUUCAUUUAGGACAGGCACAGGCUGAGCAAAUAUACGAGGCAGUGGCUCAACGAGUUGACCAAGAAAACGUGGCACCAAAUGGACGAACAGCGGUUGCUGAAAAUAACAGCAAUGGGUGUGAACAAGUGUUUGGACGCCUUGCUGGUAUUUUGUCGACGGAUGAACAGAACACCAUGCCCAAGGCGACUGGUAGACCACGCCAAGGAGUUCUACGCUGUGACCAAUGUCGAAAUUUAUAUCAACAAAGUCUGUCCAACUUGCAAGAAGCUGCCAAUUUAACUCCACAGGUUCAUGAGCAAUGGCCAAGGUCUAAAAUGCCGUUCACAGUUUACAAGGAAUUGGCAAAGCUUUACAGGAUGGCUGGUGAAGACAGAGCAUCGACGGAAAACGAAAAGUUGGCAAAGAGGGAAGUGACGCGUUUGAAUAGACUUACUGUACCAGUACAAGUUGAAGAAUUUUCGUUGGAGGAAGCAUGACAUUUGCUAUAAGAAUAAAGGCAAUCGAUAGAUUAGGGAAGGGUGUCUGUAGGAUUCAAAAUGAUGAUAUGGAAUAUACCGGUACCGUGUAUUUGAUAGUGACAAUAUUUUUUUCAAAAACAAAAAAAAAAAUGUUCAGGUUAGGCUGGAUUAAAUAGUUUAGCUCUUUGAAAAACAGCUCAAUGGUGCUAGUACAAAAGUAACUGGAUUUUAAUUACAAACAGCUUCUGAUUGGCAUUUUAAUUGAGUGGAUUGAACAAAAUGAAUUCACCGGCUGAACAUACAGCAUAGUCUGAUGAUGUGUCUUUAAGAGGAUAGUCAUUAUGCUCCUAGAACAUAUUUUUGAUGAGUUCUUUAUAAAAUGUAAGAUUUUCUCAAUCUCUCAGUCAUUAAACGUCUUAGAGAUCCAAGAUGAUCCAAAUUAUAUAAUACCAUGUAUGCUGUAGACUUAAAACGGCUGCCACCCUCCAUUAUAAUUGCUUCGCCACCGGCCCUGAGACACAUCUAGCAAAAUCUGAUUCAGUCAGCCGAUUGUGACAUGACAACUGUGAAAGGAUGAAUCAAAAUAUUCGUUUUAUUCACCAAAAUUUGAACUAUUAUUCCUGGCAUACAUCUUCUUUAUAAAUGUCUUUAAUUAUCCAAUACUUAUCAUUUAUAAUUGUUUAAGACGAUAGUUUAUCUUAUCUGACUGGCAGUCAAAGACUCUAAAAUGAGUUUUAUCUUGUGCGAUUCUUGUGCAAUUAAGUAACUGAAGCAGCUGCAUCGAACAAAUAUCAAACAAAAAUGACUGUAUUGUAAUGCACUGCUCUGUAUUAUGGGACUCUGCAAAAUAAAAAAAAAUUGCAU